CGCGACCUCGCUACGACAGUCCACUGAGCACUUCCGAACGCACGUCACGUAAAAAAGUAAAAAUUUUAAAAAGUUAACCUUCUGUUAGCGCGGCAAAAAGUGCAACGCGCGGCAUUCGAAAGUUGAUAUUUUUUUCUUAUUUUUUAAAAUAAAUUAUAAGGUGAUUGUGCUACAUUCUGACAUUGUGUGUGUGGAAAUUAAAAAAAAAUGAAGCGAUUUAUAAUUUGGUGUUUGGUCCUCCUAUCCCUAACAUCAGGCAGCAUACAAGAGACGACGACGCCCGAAGCACCAGUGGAGCCCCGAGCAGAAGACGCGACGGAUGAACCGCCUGAAGGAUACUACGCGUUUGUCGAGUCUCCCAACGCCACACCACCCAGAGUCCGCCCCCCUCCGUACCGGCAAGUGGCGACGGACUGCGCGGAGGUGAGCGAGAAACGGCCAAGAGUGAGCGCGCACAACCUCUGUGGAGACCUCAACCGAGGCAGCAUACCACGGAACCCUAUGGGGCAGAACCCUAAUGGCGAACCCUAUCCAUUUGAACUAAUCCGCAACCAGACCCUCCGCUUCCUGUCCCGCACGCUGCCCGUGCUCCGCGCUGACGACACUCUGCCCAGAGUCGCGCACCUGCCCGCCAACGCGGCCAACCCAGCCAAUGGUUUGGCCAACCCACCCAAUACGUUUGCCAACCCGUCCAAUGCGUUCGUCAACCCGACAAAUGGAUUCGCUAACCCGCCCAACGUCGGCACGCCUGCGCCUAUACACUAUACGCAUGAUAUUCAUACUAACGAUCUGGGCGAGCGCGGCAGACGCUCGCUGCCUGCGGAGGACUCCCCGCGGGAGUCCAGGAAGUUCUGCGACGGCGGCGGCGUUUUUUGUAUGCUGUACCGUGCUUUCAAUGGCGAUAGUGAGCCCAGCCCAGCACAAGGUGUCGAGAGACGCGAGGACCCAGGAUCCAGGCCUCCUCAUCCUCAUAGAUACGAGGGCCCCCCCACACCCUGCCCGGCUCGAGUGGAGUACGCGACGCCAGUAUUCGCGAGGAACUACCAGGGAGUGUGGAGAUACGUCGUACAGAUACCGUACGAGGGAUACUUCACCCAGACCGUUGAAGUUACCAGAUGCAUGCAGUCUCGCUGCCACUACCUGGAAGGCGGAUGUCUGAGCUCCCCGCGCUGGGUUUCGCUGCUGGUGGCCGAGCUCCACUACCCGCAGCAGCAGAACUUCCAGGAGCCGGCGCCGGCGGACGCGGCGUGCGACGGCCGCGACGAGCUCGGCUGCUUCCAGGUGCGCCUGUACUACGACUGGUUCCUGGUCCCGGGCUCGUGCAAGUGCUGGCGGCCCGACUACUUCGCCAAGUACGUGCGCCGCGCGCACGGCGCUGAUCUAUAACGUAUUCAUACUGUACUCGUAUCAUUUAAUCACUGCUGGAUUAGGCCUGCACCGAGCAAAGAAGUCAUCAGACAAGAAAAGCUUUUGAAGGUGCGAUGCAGCAUCAAAUAUAAACAUACUAUUGCGAAGGGGCAUUUAAAUAGCUAGAGAAUAAAUGUUAACUUUUGCGAUAUAUCCGGCAUAUAAGUUAUAUCUAAUCCACCAUAUAUGGUGAACAGAAGUAUAUUGAGGGCCUACUGAAUACCCUCUAGUACAGUGCUCUCUCGAUCAAUUUAUAUGAGACUUGUCGAUUAUAAUUAGUUGAAAACUAAUCGAAAUUCCUGUAUUGCAACUUAAAUUUUGAUUUGUCACUCUUAAAUAGCCUCAUGAAUAAAAAUGGGGAUAAUUGCACACAAUAUUACCUAUUUAUGCCGUUUUCUACUAAAAUAAAUAUUUUUCGCUAAUAACUAUAUUUGAGAUUUAUUAUUUGAAGAUAAAAUACGUCAUCCUAAAGCAGUCUCAUAAUUUCCGCGCGGAAUGAACACCCUUAAAAAUGUCAUCAAUAUAAUAAAAUAGCGUGAACGAUUUUUUAAUUUAACAUGAAUUUCAAAAAACUUUGGAUAAAUUUAACUUUUACUCCAAAAUCGCAUGGAAUUUAAUUGGAUUUCUAAUGAAAUAAAGAUGACUGUUAUUUUGUAUUAAGCGUUAGUUGUAUGAAUAUUGAUAAAAUUUUUGACAUGGGUGCCUAUUUAUUUAAAAUAAAAAAAUACCUAUAUUUUUUUUCUAUGCACACAAAUCAGUGUUAGUCAGUAUCAGUUAUUCAGUGUCAGUGUGUUUUAGUCUAAAUUGUCUACGUAAAAUGUUAUAUUGCAAUUCAUUAACAAGGUGCUAUCUAAAGUUGUUAUGUAACGAAGACUGUAGGAUACAAUGUAAGGUAUUGUAAUCACUAUUUCUAAUAUAAGUAGGUAUUUAUAGACCAAAACUUUAUAUUUAAUGAAAGGAGAAAAGAGAUCUCUUAUGAUUUUAACAAGUAUUUUAUAGUUACAUAUUUGAAAUAUAAUUUAAAAGCACCUAUUAAUAAACGUUUAAUUAGGACAAACAGAAAGAUACGACUGGCGCAUAAAUAAUACAAAGUACUCCAGUUAACAUCAAAGUUGAUUUAUAUAUAUUGUUAACUGUAAUUAGUAAAUUCGAUAGAUUGUAGAGCUGUGUUGUACUACUGAUAGCAUUGUAGAACAUUUAUUUGUGUAACAUUUGAGUUGUUUGUAUCAUACGCCAGUUGUAUCCUAGUUAAAUUAAAUUUAUUAUGAAAUUAAGUUUCAUUUUAUGAAACUUUUAAAUUAGGGUUCAGUUGUGAAUGUGUCCUCCUAAUUAUGAGAAAAUACUUGUAUAAAAUAUACUUUUUUAAAUUUAAUUAAUUAAUUUGCUUUGAGCUCAAAGUGCAUUUAUUAUUUAUAUACGAAUGAACAUUGAUAUAAGGCUUGUUACAUGUAACUAGUAUAGGAUUUUAUUUAUUGAUGUAGGUAAAAUAAAUAAAACAAAAAAUAAA